CAACACAACAGUGACGGCUACAACAGGAGCGAUAACCAGUCCAGGUUAUCCCUAUAGUUCUAACAAGACUUACUGUACAUGGACCAUUCAAGGAUUGCCAGAAAAUAUCAUAGCUUUCAACAUAACAUACAUGGAUAUGGGUACAGACGACAGCUGUGCCGCUGGAUAUAUUGAGAUAUUUGAUGGACCAUCGACAUCAAACAGAACAUUUGGUAAAAAUUGUACAUCUUGGCAAACACUGACAGUGUCUACAACAAACUUCAUGCUUGUUGUAUUUAAUUCAUCUGGAAGAGGGAGAUUUCUCGCUAAUUUUAAACAUCUAGGUACCCGGAUUAUAUUGAACGAGUCUAAAGGUUUCAUAUCUAGUCCUGGAUAUCCUCUGGGUUACUUGAAUGACAUGUCUUACAACUGGACUAUACAGGGAGACGCCAAUACUUACAUUGUUCUUAACUUCAGCACGUUUGAAUUCGAGAGUUGUUCAUUCGAUUAUGUACUAAUAUAUGACGGAAGCUACGACACAUCCCCGCUAUUAUUCAAAGUUUGUGACACUAGUGCACCAAAACUUAUCAUCUCUACGUCAAACUCUAUGUACAUCGUGUUUAAAACUGAUUACUCGGUCACUAAAAGCGGAUUUUAUGCAUCGUUUUCUUCCGUAGGUCCAUCAACUACACUUUCAGCAUCAGCAGGAUACAUCGCUAGUCCAGGUUUUCCUCAAUAUUUCCUUAGAAAUAAAGUCUAUUCGUGGACAAUACAAGGCAGCUAUAGGACUUUUGUUGUACUCAACAUUACUAUCUUAAAUCUGAGCGAUUCUCCAACUUCCUGUUCCGACCGCAUCCAAAUCUACGACGGACAGAGCACGAGUAGUGUAUCAUUAGGACGGUACUGCUAUAGCAGUUCACCAGUGUAUGUUGUAUCUUCAUCCAACUACAUGCACGUCGUGUUUAGAACUUACAACACAAUUACUAAUAAAGGGUUUUACAGUAACUACUUCACACAAGAUUGCACAACUUACUUAAGCACAACUUCUGGAACAGUAAACAUACCGGGUUAUCCCAACGGCUACAGAAACUACUCAAAUUGCUCUUGGAAAAUUGUUGGGGAUGCUGGGACUAGUAUAUUUUUAACUUUCACAGAUACUGGCGGGUCACUCUGCGAAGCAGUUCUCAUUUCUCAAUACGACGAUGAAAGUCACCGAGCUGUUUUCAAUGUUUCUUUAUGCAGUCAAACACCACCAUCUACCAUAUUUUUAUCCAGCAACAUUGUCUUUAUCGAUUUAAUAACAUCAAGACUCACAAGCUAUAUGCCGAACUGGGGAUUCAUCAUAAGUUAUACAAUAAGAGAUCUGCCAUACGCUAAACAAUGUUCUGUAGUGGACCAGUGCCGAAAUAACCUGACGUGUGUUAAUAGCUUCUGCAUUUGUACAAGUGAUACAUUUUACAACAAUUUUACAGUUACCUGUCACCCAAAAAUUGAUUUUAGAGAAAACUGUACUGAAACACAGCAGUGCAAAAGUAACCUGCAGUGUUUAAAUGGGACGUGUUCGUGUUACCAGGACUACUAUUACAACCCCAUUGAUGUUAUGUGUAAACCUGUACUAGAUCACACUUUUAAUUGCGACACUAGUGUAACUGCUAUGUGUAACUCAAGCAAAUAUUUGGACUGUCUGCCUGAUGUCAAUGGAACUCAACGAUGUUUGUGUGAAUAUUCGUUUUAUUUUGAAGACAGCAUAUGUGUUUCUACCGUUAGGUGUAAUGUACAGCGCCCACAAGCCAAGAACAAGAGCACAACUGGGGUUGAGCUACAAUGGGAAGCCGCCACACUUGGACCCAAUAGAACGUACGGCGUGUCGUGGGUGUCGGCCAGUGAUGAAACAGAUAGAGGAACACAAGCCGCCAAUGAGAGCGGUGUGACGGUGACUGGUCUAACACCAGGUACUAGCUACACAAUCACGGUCUACACGUUCCUUCAGCAGCAGGGAUUUUACACUGUCAGAAACGUCAGCUCAGCUUUGGACAUUGUAACUUAUCCAGCCAAGCCUGGAUUAGUGAAUACAACAGCCAGUAAACUGGAUAAACCACCUUACAUCAUAAGAUUUCAACCAUCUAUAGGCAGGGUAGAUAACUACACGCUUUCUUUAGAAACAGAACUAGCAUUACCAGAACUUAUAGUUAACUCCACUGAAGUCGAACUAUCAGAUCUAAAAGUAGACAAUGAAUACAAAUACAGCAUUACAGCUGUCAAUUCUGUCGGUGAUAAAAGUGAGGAAGUAAAAGGUAUUUUUAAAACAGCAAACACGAAUGGCAAUCUCGAUAGUGGACUUCUUAUUGGUGUCGCAAUGGGUUCACUGGUUUUUCUUAUUAUUGUCGUUGUUGUUUUCAUCAUGAUAAAAAGAAAGGCGGAUAGAACAAGUGCAGGUGCUGAACGAAAUCCUAGUAAAUGUACAGAAGGUCCUAUUGCUCUUGCUACCACCGUACGACCAGAUAACGAAUACACCACCCCACCAGAUAGAGUAUGCUACUCUGAAACAGAAAAUGAGUAUAAUGAAAUACGCCCUUCAUCAACCAGCGAGUCAGACCCACAAGAAGCCAUGUAUGCAAGUUUACAAACAACAGAUGAAAGCCAAAAUGUUUACGCAAACUUUGCGUUCUCGAAUUAA